UCUCCCUGGGUCAUGCCCUUCCUGGAGGCGGCCCCCAGGGCUGUCUAGGGCGGAGAAGAGGGCGGAGAAAAGGGCGAGGAGAGCAGGAAGAAGGCGAGCGAGCGAGCGAGGGCUGAGCGGGGGCGCCAUGUUCGAAGGAGACGCUUCUGAGGCGCCGGUGGUGUUUGAGGAUGUCAUCGUUUAUUUCUCCAGAGACGAGUGGCGGACGUUAGAAAAGUGGCAGAAGGAUCUCUACUGGAAGGUGUUAAAGGAUAACUAUGAAGCGCUGGUCCUUGUGGGGCAUCCAGUCACGAAAGCGGAUGUCCUGGCAUGGAUUGAGAAGAACGAAUGUCCGAAUGGCAAUGGAGCUCGGCAACCCAAAACCAGUAGUCCAUCUCAGAUUUUUUGUCCAUCAAACCAGAGACUUCCACAGAUGUGCCACAAAGAAGGCAUCGAACAGGUGGGAUCUCUUCAGGAUCUCUGUGGUGGAGCGAAAGUGGACACUUCCCUGUAUUAUGACGUCACGGAAAGCCAUUCCCAAAGGGUAGUUCUAUCGCCCAAAGAAUAUGAAUCUGGGGAAAGUGGCCAGACAACGCGGCUGAAGAGCCUGCCUCGAACACGGCCACGGGUCAACGUGAGGAAGGCCUCUUUUCCUUGCCCCAAGUGCAAAAGGCGCUUUUCUAGCUCCUCAUUCUUGAAGGUGCACAAGAGGACUCACUUGAGGGAAAAUGGGUUGUACACGCAUCACGGGAACGCCCUGAAGACGCUGCAUUGUUGCACAGACUGCGGUCAGAGCUUCCACAGAUACUUUGACUUCCUCCAGCACAGAAAAAGCCACCACAUGGCCAAGCCCUGGCUAUGCACUCAUUGUGGGGAUGUCUUUAUGUCCCAAAGCGAUCUUGCGCUGCAUGAGGAGGACCACUUAAAAGAGGCAAACCAGGACCUUGCUGCAUGUGGUCAUGGACAAAAUGGUCUCUGUGAGUCAUCUGAGACUGGUGGCAGCCAGGUGGGCUUGGAGGAUCCCCAGGAAGAUGAUGGCAAAGUGAGAAAGCUCUACCCUUGUGUUCACUGUGGGUUGCAGUUCAAACUAGAAAUGAAUUUGGGAGUGCAUUACAGAUACUGUCCCAAGGGGAAGCUGCUGAAAUGGGGGGCAAAUGGCAAUCCCCAGGAUGCAGAGGUUCCUGCCAAGCAAGGAUCGCCCCAGUGGGCCUCUCCUCAGCAUCCUUCACAAACAUCUGCUAAGGUCAUUUGCCCAGAUCCUGGCCAAUUGAGUAUCCAGAGGCAUCACCAGAAACUCCAAGUGGCAAAGCAACGAAACAGUACAGAGCCGGGCGGAAGUGCCUCCUCAGCUAACAGUUCUGGCGGGCCCUCGAAAUCUUGUGCGACGAAGACGCUGCACAAAUGUCCAGACUGCGGGGAGGCGUUUGUUUACAAGUGGCAGUUGGCUGCCCACCUGGAAAGCCACUCCGGGGGGAAAGGCUAUCCCUGCCCCGAUUAUGGGAAGAGCUUUGUGCACAAAAGCAGCCUCUCGAGUCACUCUCUAAUUCACCAGGAGGAAUCCACACCGAGAGGGGAAGACCACCAGGAGAACCUUGUCCCGGCUGUUGACCACCAAGUGGACAAAGAGAAGUCUCUUUUUCCAUGCAAGGUGUGUGGGAACACCUUCACAAAGUCAUACUUGCGUUUGCACCAGGCGGUCCAUGCAGGAAUAAGGUACAAGUGCCUGAUUUGUGGCAAGCUGUGCAACUUCCGGAGCGGUGCCAUUUCGCACGUCAAGCACCACUGGAAGGAGGGGGCUUUCAUCUCGUGCCCCAAAUGUGAGGGGAAGGAAGGGCCCCACGCCGCAUACUGUCACUGCAGGAUAAAAAAGGUCUGCAUCAAUCCUCCUGGACCCUCAACGCAAGUGGCAAAGGAAUGAGUCUGCACUCAAACCAGGGAAGGAGAAUCACAUUAUAACGUAAUUAGCAUUGACCUUUUUGACUUUGGCAGGGGGGAAGACUUUUCAAUCCCACCUCUGCCACCAAUGUAUUAUAAUUUAGACUAUACGUGACGUAAUUCGCCGCUGGACACCAUUGUAAAAUAAUUAGCGGCUGACCAUAGGUUAAAUAUAUCAAUGACCGAUGCUUUUGAUAGAUAUGACUGCCACCACCUCAGCUUUAUUGGCCUGAGGAACCAAAAGGUGUGAGUGUGUAGAAGGUAAGGUGUGUUUGCCCUCUGUUCUUCUAUUACUUCUUCACUGGCUGACCGGACCUUUAAAGAGAUUUCUAUUAUUGACUUGACUUAGGUCUGAGGAGAUUGACAGACUGAAGCUGACACCAGUUAAAAAUGAACUAGAAAAGGUUUAUUGAUCUUUAAACAAAUAUCAACUCAUAAAAUGAGAGGUACAGAAACUUGAUUCAGUUGUAGAGACUUAGUUAGGUUAAACAGUUAGUUCUACU